AUGGCACCUGGGGAGGAAGAGCUGACCUGUUCUGUGUGCCGAGACAACUUCAGCCAAGCCCACCCGCUACCCUGCGGUCACAGUUUCUGUCCCACCUGCAUCCGCGAGGCUUGGAGUGCCCAGGACGAGGAAAAAACUCGCUUCACCUGCCCGCAGUGUCAGGAGGAGCACGGGCAGGUGCUGUGUGACUGCUGCUCCUCUGAUACAGAGGAAGGACAGAAACCGUUAGCUGUUAAGACCUGCCUGAAGUGUGAAGUGUCAUUGUGUGGCCAACACCUCCAACCCCACCUGGAGAGGCCGGCCUUUAGCACACACCUGUUGGUGGAUCCACUCAUGGACCUCUCUCAGAGACGAUGUCAGACACACACAGAAAUGUUACGCUACUACUGUGCAGAUGAAAGGCUGUAUGUGUGCGGAGACUGUCUGCUGGACGGAGGCCAUGCACAGCAUAAAGUGAAGGCUCUGAGGCAGGUGGAGGAGGAUCUGAAGGUCAGACUACACACACCGUGUUCCUCUUGUUUGUUUGUUUUGGGAGUUAGUGUUUUCUCAUGGUUUUAGUUUCUCUGCAGGUCAUUCUUCAAACACUGCUCAGAAAAUCAGAGGACAAACUGAGAGAAGGAGAGCAAGUCCUCAGAGAGCAUGAGAACGUUGAUACUGCCAUGACUGUGAGUAAAACUAGUGAGAUUGCAGGGAAAAUACAGCUUUAGAAUCAGCUUUAAUAGCCAGAUGUGUCUGAACAUACGUGAAGUUUGGCCACAGUUUUAAAACUGCUCCCAAUAUAUGGACAUGGAAAUAGACAUCUGAUUAGAACAAGGAACGUAGCUCAGUUGUUCAUUUUGAACAGGCUGAUUUAGGCACAAAUAGUUCUGAAAGAGUGUGACAAGAAUAAUUGAUUUCAUGUACUCAAAUGCAGUGAUGAUAGUUUCAUAAUUAAAGUUGGUGUUUCCACACAAUGAGAAUCAAUAAUAAGAUCCAUACGUCCUCUUUUACCGGGACGUGUCCUCUUUUUGGGGGGCUGUCUGGCCUGUCCGGGGGGAGUUUAUAAAACCUUUCAAAUGUUCAGUGUUUUGUAUGGAAGUUUUGAGUUUGUGUACCAUGGGUAAAACUGAGUUAAAAGCGUGUAAAAAAACACUUGACCCAACACUGAAAACCCUCAAAGUUUUGCGCGCCACUCUGCCUCCACUUAGUAGUGUCCUUUUUUUAAAAUUCAGAAUAUGGUCACCCUAAACAAGAUAGCCAGGCACAGUGGAUGUUCAUGUCCUCAGGUUAUUGUACUAUCCCAAAUCCAGUUGAGUUGAGAUGCUUUAUAAAAUGCUAAUAGAAACAAAUUUUGAUGGUUUGCAAGUUGUUUAAACCCUAUAUGUCGCAAAGACAAAAUUUUACAUGUAGAAACAAACAUUUCUUAUUAUUAUUUAUUAAAUUAAAAAACAUACUUACUUUAAAUCUGAUUCCAGCAACACACAAAAAAGAGAAAUUAAGAAGCUGAACAAGUUGUAUAGAGUUCAAAACAAAACAGAGAAAUGCCUUCCAACAAUUAAGUCUACUUUGCAAAAGUUUAGUAACAUGACUGGGCACAGGAGAGAGGCUAGUAUCCCAGAUUCAUACAACAGGAGAGAGAAAACAGUUCAACAGUGACAGUUUAACUUCCCUUUGUGUGAAAUUGUGAAGAAUUAUGGUGUUCAUCACUGAAAGAAUCUGGAGAAAUCUUUGUAUAAACAAUACAGGGUCAAAAACCAAUACUGGAUGGUUGUGAUCUUCAGACCCUUAGGCAGCACUGUGUUGAGAAUAUACAUGACUUUGUAGUGGAAUUCACCACAUGGGCUCAUGAUCACUUCCAAAAACUGCUGACAGUGAACACAGGGAAGAAUGGGAUGAGUAUUGUCCCGUCCCAACUGUUUUGAAAUGUGUUGCAGGUAUUAGUUUUAAAAUGAGCUCGUUUUUUUUUAAAAUAAAAAUUCAAUUCUUUACAUUUGUUUGAUUAAUAUUUUGCACAGCUUCACACUUUUUGUGAAUCAGGGGUAUGUGUUGUGACCCUGGGUGCCUGAUUUCAUUUCCACGGUAAAGUUAUUCUGUAAAUCCGAGUUAGGAUAUACAUUUAAACCCAUUCGAAGUACAAUCCUCAGACUGGUCUACCCAUGAUCUCUGGUUUAAUAAUCCCCAAUCACUGAUGUUGCACCGAACAACAGCCUUUCUUGUCUGAUGGUUGCAGGACUCUAUGAAGCAAGAUGACACUCAGGUGGAGAGGCUGGGCUCAGAUCUGCAGGUCCAAGUGAAGAAGCUGGUGAUGGCUCUGAGGGAGAUCACCAAGAGGGAGAGACAGCAGGUGAUAGAACGAGUGAGUGAGGACUGUUCCAAGGUGAGGGAGGACAUGAGCCGAGUACUGAACAUCCAACACUACCUGUCCUCCCUGCUGGCAGAGCCUGACCCCUUCCUGCUCAUCUGGGUAAGACUCGGUGCUAAACUAAUACUUGUAACAUUUCCAGAGUUAUUUUUAAGAAGGUCUUAAAAAUGCACACAGCUCAGCGCUGUCAACAUCGUAUUUUAGUAGAAGUUUUCUCGGUAAUGGGAUGAACUGUUGAUGCAGUUAAGCUUCUUGAGAUCUAAUCUGAAUAUCCAAACCUGGCUCAAUCGGUGUUAUUUUAGCUUUCUAUCUUGGCAGAGCUACUCGAAUGGGUCCAGUGAAAGGCAAAGCUGUUCUUUCUGUAGUCCGUUUAGGCAACAACCUCCAGUCUUGACAAAUAAGCCUGAUGUGGAAGUGCUAAAAACUGCAGUUCCCCAAGUGUACAUCUGAAGUUGGCUGCAAAAGCUCCUCAAAUUACAUCCACACCCAUUCUCAAAAGUCCAUCUCUACAACAAAUAUAUAUGUUUCCAUCCUGGUUCUAAGAGUUAUUUAUCUGAAUAAUUCAUUUCUCUAUCUACACACACUUUAGAGGGGACUUUUUUUUAUAACUCAUUAAAUAUAAAAGGUUACAUUGAGGUUACGGGUUUUGCAUGUAAAGAGGUGUGGCAGAUUCAGCUUAUAGGCAGGCAGACUGUAGCUGUUUGCAAGACCCACCUCAAGUCCACCUGUUUGACUCUUGUAAGGCCAACAGAAAGUCAGGCCGGGUCAACAUUUCCAAUGUGGCAAUAGAUGAACCGUGAAGUGGAGUCAAGUUAGUGUCUGUUGUGAGCGCUCCUGUGAGGAACUCUCUGCCUGUCUGUGUUGACUUUGGCGCCCUCUGUGGUCAAAGUGGAAACUCUUUGUCUUCUGCUUGUGAAGGGAGUUUUAAGUGGCAAAAAAUCUCAGAGUAUCUUUUCACAGUGAAAUUUAUCUCUCACAUUUGAAGGUAACAAAUGCUGUUUUUUCAGAGUACCUACACCCUCACAGCAUUUACAGGCAUUAAAAAUUAGAAGAUAGAAAUUGUCAAUCAUAAUUGAUGGUCUUGUUUGCUUUUUUACAUUAUACAGAAACAUCACUGUCCAUGUCAGUCUGUUUCAAAAUCAAUCCAAAACUCCUUACAGGACCUUUAAACAAUCUGUCCUGUCUUUGGCCACAGUGACACUGCCCCCUGCUGGACAAUAUAUAGUUUUCACGUGUAAAGCACUUUUAAGACAGAGGCUAUAGCCACUCCAAACAUUAAGUAUAUGGUUCAGGCUGAAGUAUUGCAUCACAAUAACUUUGAUGCUGCAAUUGAUCUUAAAUGGAACAAACACUGGAUGGAUUGCCAAUGAGUUUGAUAAGAAAUUAUCUUUUUUCAGAAUGAAUCAUCACUACUUUGAGCACUUUGGUCAAGGUUAAACUUUAUUUGUUGGUUCGGUACCAGAAAAUAAAAAACUGACAACCCAUCAGCCCUAGCUGUAAGUUUUCAUAAAAAGCAUGCUAAUAAACUAUACUGUACGAUGUAAAUGUUGAACAUUGUUGUCGUUGUUGGUGCGUAGCUGCUCCUGGCUGUGUAGUCUUUGACUUUUUUGGGUACCUCUUGGUUUGUCUCUGGUUACUUGAUUAUUACUAAAUAUGCACAACAUGUUGUCAUAGUUGGCUUUGUUGUCCUUUGUUGUGGUAUAUCUCAACUCAUUAGGAGAACAGAAAACAGUUUGAGAAAAUCCUCACGUUGAUGUCAAUAUGGUUUAAAUUCAAAGCCUUUAAAAACUCGAAUUGAAUAUCAGUGCGAUGCUUCAAUAUUCUUUUUUUUUUUGUUUCAUCCAGAGUGAAAAACCACCAUCAAGGAACAGCUCACCACCAUCAUAUCCAUGUUAAAAUUCAUAAUGAGUGCCCUCAAACUGAGACCAAAGUAGUAAAAUAACAACCAACGAAGCAGUGAAGACUGUUUUCUUCUGUUGAAGACUGUUUCUCUUUUGAAUAAUAACCAGGGCUGGUUGUAUUUAUGACCUCCAGACUGAUUGAGAUGGGGAACGUGUCCGUUGUUGAAACAUAAAAUCAAUUUCUAUCGUUACAAAAAAAUGCUCUGAUGUUUGUAGUUUUAUUUCAAAAAAAAAAAAAAAAGAAAAAAUUGGAUGUCUGUUUCUUAUUGCUCAGGGUGACCCGAUGAGUCAUUUUGUAAACUGCAUCUUUAGGCUGUAAAAAAUUUACAAAAGUAUCUUCUUAUAUCUUCUUAUAAAGUUUAUUAUAUUUUAAGUACUUAACUACUCCAAGAUUUUAAGCAGAGCAAUGCACUAAAAACACAUUUUUGAGGUAGAUUUUUGGAGGAUUUUAAUUUUUUUUUCCAAGACAGCUGAGGAGAGACAGAAAAUGACUGUGAUAGGUGAGCGGGGGACGAUAUGCAGCAAACACUCGAGGUCAGGGAUGGUUACAACGAGGGCUGCACCUCUGGGUCAUGGGCAUGCUUGAACUGCUGAACUUAAUGUGAUUCUUUUGGAGGAACUGAAUAUUAUCUGUGAAAAAAAGUAUUAUAAAAGAAGUGGACAUAUUUUUUUCCUGGAAUUUUUUGUAUCUUAAAAGCAUGAGAGAAAAAAGUUUUAAAAGGUGAAAAUGUAGAUUAUCCUGGGUCAUCUUUUAUAAAUUAGAUUUUUGUCAGUGAAUGUAACAAGAGCUAAAUCUCCUGGGAGCAAAUUAUCUACCAGCAGCUUAGAAAAAUAAUCUAAGAUUGAAGAAGAAAUGUUAUUGGGAGAAAUCAUCCAGGAAAAAGAAUGUUUGCACCUACUUCUAAGAGAAACUGAAUAUCUCUGGAAGAAUACAGUAAUUAAGUCUUGGUUUUCCACCUUUUCUGUCAUUAUAUAAAUGACUCUGACUAGAUUUCUCUCUUCUCAUAUUGCCUUCUAUGUUUCAUGUUAUAUUCUUGGAGAAAGGUACUGAAUAAAACAUUCAGGGCCACAGGUGUGCUCAGCUGUAUGAGUGAAUGAAAAUUUAACCUUGUGUGUGUUUACUCUCUCAGCAACUCUGCAGACUCACUGAGACAUUUGUAAAAAAAUUUCAGUGAAUAGAUCACUCUAUGUCGAGUUUCUUUGCUCAGCUGUCCUUCACUUUCUUUCCCUCAGGCCUUUCAAUCAGACGACACAAAGUAAGUUCACAGCAUGUCAAUGACUCUGUGUGAUGCUGUGUUUGGACCCACAUGGAUUGGUGUGUGUGUAGUCUCUGUUUGCAUUUAGUUUGGAGAUAGUAACACUAGUGAAGCACAUGGAGAGUAAGGAGUACAUAGGUGAAAUGAGUAUUUCAUUUCAGAUGCCUUAAUCAUUAUAUCCUUAUGGGAUAAACCACAUACUUGUCCCCCUCAUGCAGUGAGUGUGUCAUACUCUUGUCUUUAAGGUUACUAGAGGACCUGAACAAUCCACUCUUCACCCCUGAUGCCGUCAGUCUAGACAGGAAACACAUCUUAGACGACAUAGAGAGCAAGUACCGAGAGUUUAUCACCGCCACGCUGCGCUGCCUCAGUGACCUCAAACGAGAGCUCUGUGAGUGACACCCACGAGACACUCACCUGCCAUGUUUGUUUGAUCCUGUCAAAGAAAGGGUUUGAUAUUGGGAAACAGGUUUUGACUUCUUAGACAGUGUCAGCUAAGAAGAUUGAUUGAUCAUCAACUGGCAGCUGUACGCUAAGCUUUUCUGUGCAGAGACUGAAAACAAGACAGCCAGGGCCAGCCUGACUCAAACAUCCUGGAGCACCCUAUAAUGGAGCUGGUUUUCACACUGUGUCAAGAUGUUUUUGAGGGUUGAUAACUUGUUAAUAACUUAAGCCAAAUGAAUAAAUAAGAUGUUCAGUCAAACACAAGACCAUGACUUUAAUUAAUUGAUCAUUAAUUGAUCAUGAAGAUCUCAUUCAAGAGUAAAAACUAUGAUAUCCAGCUAAUAAUCCACCAUAGUUGAUCAAUCAUUCAUUUGGCUGCUCACAGCUAAACUUUUAUAACUUGAAUAAAAAUUCACUUUUUUGUUGUCCAUCUGUACACCAGGUUCACUACUUUGUCAUAUUUAUCUUUGUUAUUAAUUCAAGUGCAAACGCUAAAAUACUCCUUAUGUUAUUGUUUUUUUCUUCUUCUCUGAUAGUAACCAGUCCUUUAACUCUGGACACAAACACGGCUCAUCCUCUGUUGAGCAUCUCUGACGACCUGCGCUCGGCAACACGGGUUAAGAGCCGCCUCCCCUGUGCUGCUCACCCUGAACGUUUUGAUCACUGGCCACAGGUCCUGGCCGCUCAGACCUUCUCUUCUGGGACCCACUACUGGGAGUUGGAGGCUGAAGGAUUCUGGGAUGUUGGCAUCUGCUACAGAAGUAUUGGGCGGAAGGGGAAAGAAGGCAACGCCUUCGGGAACAAUAAGGUAAAAGUGCUGAAUACAUACAGGCUCUUAAUUUGCUGAUAUUAGAAUUUUGCAUAUUUGUGUUUUUUUCCUUAUUGAUUAGUUACAGUGUGUUUGCUGUCAGUGCAGUUGAUUCAGCUUCUUGCUGCAUGUUUUCUCUUUUGCAGUAUUUGUUCGUUUUAGACUUUUGCAUGUGCGUAUGAAUUUGCAUAAGCAGAGCAGUUACAGCACAUUUCAUUUAAAGAAGGCCAUUCAGAUCCUCUAAGCUGAGCAGCCACUACAGUAUUUUUUGUCUUUACUAGAUAUUAUAAAGCUUGUUUUGCCUUUAAACUUUAAUUUCUACCAGAUUAAAAAACAAACAAACACAUGACACUCUUUAUAAUGUCAGGUAAUUUAGUCAAGAAGUUAAAGAUUUUAAAAAGAUUCUGUAUUAUGCAGGGUUAGUAUCGACAAGACUACAACAGGUGUCCUCACAGGAUAAAUCUAACCCUGGUCAAAACAUUUACUGUAAGUUGGAGAAUAAAAGGAGGAGAAAUUGCCUUUGUGUUUACAGAUUCUUUUGUGUUUCACAUUUACCUGGUUUACUGCUAUCUGUUGAAUAUUGGGACUGCACCUUUUGAGGACAUCCUGGACCACCAUCCAGUGUCUCAGGAGGGAGAAGCAUUAAACUGUCAAUACUGUGUAUGGUGGGGAUGAUGUACUGCUGACCUCAACUUGGGAUGUUGUUGAUCGGUGGAGGGAAUACUUUGAAGACCUCCUCAAUCCCACCAACAUGACUUCCAGUGUGGAAGCAGGGCCGGGAGGAAUCAGAUGUGGGCUCUUCUAUCUCUGGGGCUGAGGUGGCAGGGUCCUGGGGGUGGAUGAGUUCCCUAAGGCCCUGAAUGUUUUGGGACUGCUGUGGUAAAAAAAGGAAGUUGGUCAACGGCACAGCGUUGACAAACCGUUCACCAAAGUAUGAGUGUGUUUAAUGAACUUUUUUAUUUGAGUGCUUCCACGUGCAACACUGCUGCUCUUCUCGUUGUCAUUGGAGACUUUUUUUGUCCCUUUACAUACUUUUCAGAUUAGACUUGGGGUCCAAAAGAUGUGACCAUAUUUAAUUUCUUGUCAUCUUAAACAUAGAAACCCAUCUUUUCAGCAUGGCAACAGCGGAGAAGGCUUUCUCGAGUGCUGGAUUCCAGUGUGGAGUGGGGCCUUGAAGAGACAGUUUUAAUGAAGUGUUUCAGACAGAAGCUGAAGUUAGGGUUUUCAAAGACACAACCUCAGUUAAGUAAUGAAUCUUUUGAGCUGUAAAUCAUUCAGAGACACCACACGGCCUUCUAAAAAGACAAUAUAAAGCCUGAAAAUAACCAGCAUUACCCUCUAGAAGCUAGGAGGCUUUAAUUUUGAGGUAAUUUGUUCAUAAGCCAAGAAAAACAGGGAAAAAAGAAAAAACUAAAAUAUCAUCAACAUCAACUUUCAUCCCAAUUUUUAUCAGCUGAAGUGCCAGCAAACAUUAAAACACAUUCCUUGUCUUUUCUCAAUGUUCAGGUAUCAUGGAGUCUGACUCAGCAGCACGACAGGAAGCUGGCAGCCUGGCACAACCGCAAGAAGACCCGCCUCACGUACCAAAUGAGCGGUAACCGUGUAGCUGUUGCCGUGGACUAUGGUGCAGGCACCAUUACGUUCUCUGAGGUGGGGUCAUCCAACAACCUCAUCCACAUUCACACCUUCUCCACCACCUUCACUCAGCCGGCAUGUUUGGGAUUUGGACUUUACAAAGCAGAGCUCAACAGCCGCAUCUCCAUCAUCAAAGUGUGA